AUGCGUUCCUUCCUCAUUGCUCCCGUCGCCAUCAUCGUCCUGUUCGCUGUGUCUGUCCUCGGGCUCCCGAAUCCAAGGCCCGAGAUCAACCAGAAUUCCGCCCGCACCAAUGGUGGCGCCCUUGACGUGCUCGAGCGCAGGUUUGAGAAACCCACCUGGGCAUCGCACCUCCUGUUUGACCCCCGCUCCAUUUACGGGCGCGACGUUUCAGAAGUGCGUCGCGCGGUGCCUGCAGGCAGUGAGGCCCUCAACUGGAACAAGAUUGGGCACACCGUCGGUGGGAUCAUCGGCGAACACAUCAAGCGCGAGGACCCUGUCUUUGCGCGUGGUUUCGAGGACGAGCUUCGUUCCCGAGUCUUUGAAGACAAGCUGAUCGCUCGUGCGGCAGAGGAGAGCGAGGCGAUUAACUGGAACGCAGUCAGGCACGGCAUGUGGAGGUUGAAUGAGAUCUAUUGA